UGCAAAGUCCUUAAAUGGAGAUGCCUGCAACGUAUUUGAUAUUCGUUGAAACACGAACACACCACUGUUAUCGAUCAUUUUUAGCCGAGUCGACCCGUCCAAACCUAAACAACCCUCUUCUUCCCCUCUCAACCUUAACUAAAACUAAUAAUCGUCACAAAUCCUCUCUCUCGACUCCGCGAUUCUCUCAUCGGUCUCGAUGGCUCUUCUUGCCAGGCAAUCGCACCGCCUCGCUCUGCUGGCCUCUUCCCAAAGAGCCGCCGCAUCGAUCCACACAACCGUCCCGGCGUUAGCGGAAGGCUUCUCCUCUCCGGCGCCCUACUCUCGACCAGGUCCACCUUCGACGGCUUCCCCGGAAGGUUUAUCAAAGACGGCGGAGUUCGUGAUCUCCAAGGUGGACGAUCUAAUGAACUGGGCACGUCGUGGAUCUAUCUGGCCUAUGACCUUCGGCCUUGCUUGCUGUGCCGUCGAGAUGAUGCACACUGGCGCUGCUAGGUACGAUUUGGAUAGGUUUGGGAUCAUUUUCAGGCCUAGCCCGAGGCAAUCUGAUUGUAUGAUUGUUGCCGGCACUCUCACCAACAAGAUGGCUCCUGCUCUUCGAAAGGUGUAUGACCAGAUGCCUGAGCCACGGUGGGUGAUAUCGAUGGGAAGCUGUGCAAAUGGAGGGGGAUACUAUCAUUACUCUUACUCUGUUGUGCGUGGCUGCGAUAGGAUUGUCCCUGUUGACAUCUAUGUCCCUGGUUGCCCCCCAACAGCCGAGGCUCUCUUGUAUGGCCUUCUUCAGCUGCAGAAGAAGAUCAACAGGCGUAAGGACUUCCUUCACUGGUGGACCAAGGAUGAGCAUAUGGACCGGGGAACCGGCCGGAACCGGAACCGGAACCCGAUGGAACCGGUCGGGCCGGGACCGGGAUGUUAUUUUUGUGGAUUUUUGGAACCGGGAACCGGUAGGACCCGGAACCGAUAUAACCAGAACCGGCAAAAACCGGAACCGUAUGAUACUAUUUUUCAAGGACCGAUUCCAACAUUUGAAGACACAACAAGAACCGGUAGAACCGCCGGGCCUGUUCGGUUCUUGAUUUUGGCCGAAGCCGGUUCCGGCCGGUUUGGUCCUUUUGCUCAUCCCUAUUGUGAUGUGUUCCACUAUUAUGCAUCUUUGCUUUUCUUGCCAUGUAUCAUUUGUCGCUGA